GCGAGUCUGAGUAGAUCGUGGUGACGUGCGAACGCUUAGUAAGCGCUACGUCGUCGUCGUUUUUUUUUUCAAUUUUAUUUGCAUUUAAUUACAAAAUCACUUGGUGAAUUGCAGUGAAGCGCGAAACAACAACAAAAAUAAACAAGUUAAAUUACAACAAUAACACGCUGUGCAUGUGAAUUGACACAUUUAAUCGGUAACCUCUGAAACCCUUCGUAAAUUCCAGCCGCACAUACACAUAUAUACUCAAAUAAAAAUAUAUAGUAAUAAGUAAGCAUGGAUCAAAAGCGUGCUAUGCUCUACCCGGAUAUCGAUCCUGCCGCCCACAAUGCUGCCACACGCGAUCAUCGCAUAUCUGCCUCGGCCGCCAUGGGCUUGCCCACGGAGGCGCCACCUUCAUACGACAUGGCUAUAGCGUCCACAUCGACGCCCAGCGGCUCAACAAGUAAUGGAGGAAGUGGCACUGCCAGUGGUUUGGUUAGCGAUGGCGCUGUUGCUCCGCUGGGCUGGCAUCCCAGCGCCCCGCCGCCAGCGACCACACCCGUAACACAACCGCCAGCGCCAGUACCUCCAGUCCGACAGUCGCGCACGGCACAGCAGACGCCUAUACCGCACGACAGUCAGACAAGGCCGGUGAUUGUGGUGCAACCGUUACCACACAACCAACAACAACAACCACUCUCGCCACCAAUACAAACAACUAGUGCCACAGUACCGAUAAAACUAGGUCCGCACCCAUGUUCGGUUACGUGCCCUGUUUGCGGCGCUAACGAGACGACGCGAUUGAUCUUCACGCCUAACACACGAACGCACAUUUGUGCGGGAUUACUCUGUCUGGCCGGUUGGUGUUGUUGUGCUUGUAUGGUGCCCUAUUGCAUGAACAGCUGUCGGACCGGUAAUCAUUAUUGCUCACGGUGCAACACAUUUCUGGGUGUCUAUAAUCCGAAAAGAGCGAGAAAGUGAAAACAGUGAUAGACUUGCCACCGCACACACACUCCUGUACAUAUAUAUGUAUGCAAUUUGUGCGUGUGUUUGUGGGUGCAUAUUAUGUAAUGUUUUUAUUACUAUUUUUUUKUUUGKUUAUUAAUUUCACUUURACUCGCUUCAGUCAAUCUCAUCUGCUGCGCAUGCGUGCUCGUAAUAAUACUUAUAUAUAUAUAUAUACAUAUGUAUAUAUAUUUAUGGAUAUAUUUUAUUUACAAACA